AUGUCUGCCGAUGAAGACGUCAUUCAUAAGACCGGACCCACCUAUAGCCAGGUCUCGACAAGACGAAUAAAUGAAAGAAAAUUUCACCAUAACCGUGCCUCUAAAGUAUGGGAAGAUAGAUUUCUAGGAAAUCCACCACCAACGUACAAUCCUCGAAACCGAACAUACUCUCAAGUUUUCGGAAAGAGACAUAGCUUCGCAGGUAGAUAUGCAGGUUCAAGGUACACUAGUGCAGAAUCCAUCCCUAGAAACCUACUCAGAACUGGAUCCCAAAUAAGUAGUAGUGUAAAUAGUAUAAAGGAGCAUCUGUUUACAAUGAUUGCGCCUGAUGACAACAAACUUUGCUUAAAAUUCUUUGGAACGAAGCGUGCAGUUCACUUGGAGCAACAGAGACUUUUUAAUCAACAUAUCUUGGUCAUUCAUCCCUACAGUUGUUUCAAAAUAUAUUGGAAUGUUACAAUGCUGGUAUUGCUAAUGGCGAAUUUAGUGAGUUUGCCUAUAGCAAUUGCCUUUAAUCUGCCUUAUCGGACACCAACGUGGAUCGUGUACAGUUGCUGUUCGGAUAUUCUCUUCUUCAUUGACAUUAUUGUCAACUUUAGAACAGGUUUUGUCCGAGAGAGCAUGGCCGACGACAUUGUACUCGAACCCAAGUUGAUCGCGCGCGAAUACCUGCGAAAGUGGUUCACUCUGGAUAUUGUCUCAUGCCAAGCGCUUAAAAUUUUGAGGUUGGCUAAGUUGCUCAGUCUUUUACGCCUUUUGCGAUUAUCGCGGCUUUUACGAUAUGUCGGUGAAUGGGAAAAGUUUAUGAAUAUCGCGGGAAAAUUUAUUGGAAUAUUGAAAUUAAUCCUAUUGAUGCUAAUGUUGGGACACUGGAAUGCUUGCCUUCAAUUCUUCAUUCCAAGUCUAAUGGAUUUUCCAAUCGAUAGUUGGGUAGUCAAAUGCAGACUUCAAAACUCCCACUGGUUUGAGCAGUACACAUGGGCUUUGUUUAAGGCCUUAUCUCACAUGCUCUGUAUUGGCUACGGUCGUUUUCCACCAAAUGGUCUAGUGGAGGCGUGGAUGACCGCAAUUAGUAUGAUGGCCGGUGCAACGUGCUAUGCUUUGGUUGUGGGUCAUGUCGCAGCUCUCAUUCAAUCCUUUGACGUCUCCAAACGACGGUACAGAGACAAGAUGAAACAAGUUGAAGAAUAUAUGUCAUACAGAAAACUACCUCGUGAACUUCGCAAUAAGAUUGUGGAUUUUUAUGAGCAUCGCUACAAUGGAAAAUUCUUCAAUGAAACUGAGAUUUUACAGGAAGUUUCUGAGUGCCUACGAGACCAAAUAGUAAAUCACACGUGCAAAUCUUUGGUUGCUGCUGUGCCUUUCUUCAAAGAUGAGGAUGAAAAUUUUGUUCUUGAUGUUCUUCAUCGCUUGAAAUUCGAAGUCUUCCGCCCUGAUGAUAUCAUUAUAAAGUAUGGAACGUUUGGUACAAAGAUGUACUUUAUUCGUGAAGGCACUGUUGAAAUCUUAAUUCCUGAUGGGACUGUAUUAAACACUCUCUCGGAUGGGGCCUACUUUGGUGAAAUCGCCGUCUUGACGAACAUUCGAAGAACAGCAACUAUUCGAGCUAAAACCUACUGCAAUCUGUACUCCUUAAGACAGCAAGAUCUUUUUGAUAUUCUAAAGAACUACCCUACCAUCAAGUCCAAGCUCAUGAAUGUGGCCGGCGAGCGAUUACAAACUCUUUCUAAAAAACGCGCAUUCGACAACUGUGCUCAUUUGUUUGACAAAGAUUUACCUUGGAAUAGACAUUGGUGGGUGAACAGAUAUGACUAA